AUCUGUGCUGGCAUCCAGGACCCGUGGUGGCUUUCUAAACUGGUAGCUGUAGGUCUGGCCUCAGGGUUGCCCCUUGGACACAGCUCUGAGGAUGGGCGUCGCCAGUCCCUCCCCCUGCUCACCCUGGGUGCUCGGUCUGGGACCAAGGACAGGAAGGGGGUACCACACAGAGGCUCUGACAAACACGUGCAUGUAACCAGCCACAUCUGGCUUCUCUUCUAUGCCUCUGAGCCCCCACAUGGAGGUGGGGGUACCAUCCACUUCCCCAGCGCUGACAUUUAGGCUGGACCUUCCCAGGUCCCCCGACCUUUGCUUGUCCUCCAGGAACUAAGAAGAGCCACCUCCCCCCAGACCCCCAAAGUUCUUGGGACCCUGAGUGGGGGAAGAAAGCUCCCCCUCUACCUCUACCCCUCCCAGCCCAGCCUCUGCCUCUCCCAGCUCAAAAUGGGCCUCCUGGGCCCUGGCUGCUCCGCGUCCUCCUCUGUGCCCAGCAGGGUCUGGCUCAAGGUCACUGCAGUAAUUCCAUACGGCCGUCUGGGGCUGCCGCAGCCGCCUUAUCGGCAGCAGGUUUGGAUUUCACUGCCUUUUAUGCCUGGGCAUAUUGUGUUCGAUAAAACCCUUGCGUGUAACCCCGCUGGCAGGGCUCCCAGCUGGCCGCUCCCUCCUGCCUGCUGCCUUUCCUCCCGGGUCCCCUCAGACACUAGGCGAAGGUCAAGCCCCUCCCUCGCCUGUGACCUCUCCCUUCCCAGACAUUUGAAGGUGCUCUGAGGAAGCCCACCUCCUUCCUAGGAGCGAAGUCCAGCCUUCCCGCCCGCCCACUGGGAGGUGAAGGCAGGUCUGAGUCACAGCCAGAGGGGAGGGCAGGAGUUAAACUAGUUGUGGCUGUGGAAGCGCCACAGAGUCCGCCGCUGGCUGGACAGAAAGACAGACGGCAGACGGAAGCCCCAUGUGGAGCCCACAGACACGGCCGUCCUGCUGAGUGCACGGCGGCCCGCCCUUCGAGACAGUGACCUCUCGACAGUGGCCCUCGGCCCUCCACCUCCGGCGGGGGCGGGGGCCACCCACCUCCAGGUCCCCAGCCAUGACCACCUCGGCGCUACGACGCCAGGUGAAGAACAUCGUGCACAACUACUCGGAGGCGGAAAUCAAGGUGCGGGAGGCCACCAGCAAUGACCCCUGGGGCCCGCCCAGCUCGCUCAUGGCGGAGAUCGCUGACCUGACCUUCAACACGGUGGCCUUCGCGGAGGUCAUGGGCAUGCUGUGGCGGCGGCUUAAUGACAGUGGCAAGAACUGGCGGCAUGUGUACAAGGCGCUCACGCUGCUGGACUACCUGCUCAAGACGGGCUCCGAGCGCGUGGCCCACCAGUGCCGCGAGAACCUCUACACUAUCCAGACACUCAAGGACUUCCAGUACAUCGACCGGGAUGGCAAGGACCAGGGCGUGAAUGUGCGUGAGAAGGUCAAGCAGGUCAUGGCCCUGCUCAGGGAUGAGGAGCGGCUGCGGCAGGAGCGCACACACGCCCUUAAGACCAAGGAGCGCAUGGCGCUGGAGGGCGCAGGCAUUGGCAGCGGGCAGCUGGGCUUCUCCCGGGGCUCCCCAUCGUCCUACCACUCCUCCUCCUCGUCCCCCCGCUACGCCUCAGACCUGGAGCAGGCCCGGCCGCAGACGUCGGGAGAAGAGGAGCUACAGCUGCAGCUGGCACUGGCCAUGAGCCGGGAGGAGGCCGAGAAGCCAGUGCCCCCAGCCUCCCACAGGGACGAGGACCUGCAGCUGCAGCUGGCCCUGCGCCUGAGCCAGCAGGAGCACGAGAAGGAGGUGAGGUCUUGGCGAGGAGAAGACUCUCCAGUGGCCAACGGUCCAGGGGCUGCGGCUCGCCGUCGGAAGGACAGAGAGUCAGGGAGAGAGGACAGGAAGGAGGAAGAGAAGCUGAAAACCAGCCAGUCCUCCAUCCUGGACUUGGCUGACAUCUUUGGCCCUGCCCCUGCACCUUCCUCUACUCACUGCUCUGCUGACCCAUGGGACAUUCCUGGUGGGCACACAGGUCUCAGGCCAAGCACAGAGCCCAGCGGCUCCUCCUGGGGACCUUCUGCAGACCCCUGGUCUCCAGUCCCCUCAGGAAACAGCCUGUCCCGAAGCCAGCCUUGGGACUUGCUUCCUGCACUCUCCUCCUCGGAGCCCUGGGGCAGGACCCCAGUGCUGCCUGCCGGACCCCCUGCCACAGACCCCUGGGCACCAAACUCUCCCCACCACAAUCUCUCCAGCACUGGGGCUGACCCUUGGGGGGCUUCCAAGGACUCCUCGGACACCCCUGCUCUUCUCUCUUCUCUGCUAGCUGGAGGUGGUGUCCUGACCUUUGACCCCUUUGCCAAAACCCCAGAACCCACAGAGACCAAGGCAGAGCUGCAGGGUGCCCAGACCAUGCCCUCUGGAAAGCCGAGCAGCCCCGUGGAUCUAGACCCGUUCGGAGAGCCUAGCCCCAGUUCCAAGCAGAAUGGCACAAAGGAGUCUGAUGCCUUUGAUCUGGGGGUCCUGGGGGAGGCGCUUUCACCCGCACCCCCAAGUAAGGAGGUCCCUGCCCGUCGCACCCCCGAGUCCUUCCUGGGCCCCUCGGCCUCCUCCCUGGUCAACCUUGAUUCGCUGAUCAAGGCACCACAAGCUGCAAAAACCAGGAACCCCUUCCUGACAGGUCUCAGCGCUCCAUCCUCCACCAACCCAUUUGGUGCUGGCGAGCAGGUGGCGCCCACCCUGAACCAGAUGCGCACUGGGUCGCCUGUGCCCAUUCUACCCCUCGGGGCACCCCUGGGCUCUAUGACCUACAGUGCCUCCCUGCCCCUUCCACUCAGCAGCGUCCCGGUUGGCAGGACCCUCCCUGUCUCGGCCAGUGCCUUCCCUCAGGCCAGUGCCUUUGCCCCACUGGCCCCGAGCCUGCCACCACCGCUGCUGCCCACGUCCAGCUCGGCUGGGCCACUGGACGCAUCGCGGCAGGCGGGCACCAACCCCUUCCUCUGAUUGCCUGGACGGCUACGGCGCGAGGCCCCGCCCCCUCUGGACCUGGGCGGGGCGCUUGUACAGAUUGAGCACUGAUUGGGUCUCUGUGGACUGCGUGAGAUUAGGGCUCCUGACCCAAGAGACAGACCACUCCGCGGAGCGCCAAGACCACGCCCACACAAUAAAGACUGGAACCCAGAUCCUCAGCUUUUACCAAAUGGACUUUUUGCCAGGUGUGGCAGCUGGCUCUGGACCAUAGCACGGAUCACCUGCUGCCGGGGAAAUGAUGACGCCGCAGUCCCGAGUGCAGAUACUCCCAUUUUCUUCCCGUGCCACCCCAUCUCCUGUCAGCCUGGCACUCGGCCUUCCAGAUGCUCCCUGGUUGUGGCUCAUUCAUUACCCAGAGGCAGUGGGGGGUGACCUGACAGCCCGGGACAGCAGGGACUUGUUUUAUGUAUUGCACACUUAGUGGACUAAGCACUUUAGGCAAAAAACUUUAAUCACGGCACUGAGGUAGAUAAUCCUGCUACUCGCAUUCAGGACCAGCCACAGAAUUUGUUGGCAUCCAGGGCAAAAUGAAAGCGCAGGGCUCCUUGCUCAAAACUGGA